UAAUGUAAAUUUGUAUUUAUAUAGUCAUAUAGAAUGCUCUCCAUGACACCCUGAGUAAACUAAAAUAAAUACACUACCGAAAAAUGUUGGUUUAUCUGGGCUUUUAUUUUUCGAAAGCAGUUGCCGGAAGUCGUCUUAUUUUGAUAAACUUGCCGGAGGUCCCGCUUUUGUGGAGACGCCGUCCCGUUAAGUGCCAGUUAACUGGAGCCUGGAUACGGAUCAGGGGCAGGAAGGAGGCGAAGAGAAGGCGGCACUGGUCAGAAAACAGUUACGAAAUUCAAGUCCAAGAUUUGGAAUAUGUUGUCCUCCCAUAAGUGCUGGAUUGUUGCUGUUUUUCUGGCAGGUGUCUUACCUCCAUCCAGCUCCGGCGUCCAAGUGUUUGUGAGAGACGAGAAGAAGUAUGCUGUGCUGUUCCAGUCAGUGGUUCUGCCGUGCCAGUACACCACCGUGUCCUACCAAACCGCCGUGGUGCAGUGGGUCUACAAGUCGUACUGUCGUGACCGCACCAGGGAUUCAUUUAGCUUUCCCGACAACUUGGGCGGAGGUCUGGGUGGAGGAGGGCUGACAAGCGGAACGGGAGGAAUCAGCAGAGGGUACGAGAAGGGGAUGACAGCCAGCUACCUCGACUGCUCUGACAACAGUCGGACCGUCCGAACUGUGGCUUCCAUCUCUGGUUCCUCAGUCACAUUGUCAGAGUACUACAAGAACAGAGACAUCUCCAUCAUUAACAAGGCUGACCUGAGGAUAGGAGAGGUCCAGUGGGGAGACAGUGGAGUAUACAUCUGCAAAGUGGUCAUAUCUGAUGAUCUGGAGGGACAGAACGAAGCGUCUGUGGAGCUUUUGGUUCUUGGUUUCUCAGGUGUUCCUGAAGACCUCCUGCCAGACUUUGAUUUGAAGAUAAUGCCAGAGUGGGUGUUUGUGGUGGCAGUGGCACUUGGCAGUGUGUUAUUCCUGCUCUUGAUUGGAGUUUGUUGGUGUCAGUGUUGCCCUCACUCCUGCUGCUGCUACGUCAGCUGCUGGUGCUGCCCCGACACGUGCUGCUGCCCCAGACACUUGUAUGAGGCAGGAAAAGGUAUAAAGACAACCACCUCCUCACCUCAGACACCUCCCUACCCACCGUAUUUCGUCUCUGGUGUCCCAACCAUGGUCCCAAUUGCUCCUCCCUCUCUGGUGGACAAGAUAUCUUCAGUCCCCGGCUCAGAUGGGACCCUACUCACAGCAGUGCCCGUGCACGCUGUAGGGGUUCCCUACCGCGUGCCUUCACCUCAGGAUCAGGAUUCUCUCAGGGUGCUGCAGUAUGUAGAGAAGCAGCUGGCUCACUUCAACCCUGCCAGGUCCACCAGCCACCAGUCCUGUGCCCUGUCUGAACUGAGCUCCCUCCAUGAGGGAGAAAGUGGCUUCCGCCAAACAUAUCGCAACAUCCAGAAGAACGCUCUGCCAGCCAUCCCCGAUCACGACACUCAGCCUGAACCUCAGCGCUACCGUGAAAACCGCAGUCCGGAGCCACAGAGUUACCGCGAUAAUCCCCCAUUUCCCCACCAUUAUCAUGAUGACCCUGACCCAGAGCCUCGCCACGUACGGGACGAGCCUCUUCCUCCGCGCCGAUACAGCGAUGACCCUCCAUCUUCGUCUCAGUCGCGCAGGCCCGGACGGAAUCAGCGGCAGCAAAACCACAACAAUGAGGAAAACCACAACAGGUGGAACCCUCGCUCUGAACAUCUUCAAAGAAAAACAUACCGAACUGCAGGGCGAACCGGCUCACUGGACGAGCUGGAGGAGUUUGCUGCUUGUUACAAGCAGAGAGGAGGCAGAGGGGCAGAGAGGAGGGACGAAGAACAGCGAGAGUAUGAGAUGGAGCAUCUGGAGUACAGCCGAUACCCUUCUCACCGAGUUGCCCCACCUCAGCAUUAUCACAGUAAUGAAAAUGAGGUUGAGGACAUCAGCGACCGCGAAGAGCAACCCAGGCGGAUCAAGAAAAACAGACAUGACAUCAGCCCACUACCUUCACCUAAAAAGAGGAGGGACACGUCAGAUAGGGAGUGCGCCGUCCCACCUCCUCCCACAGCAGGUCCACCUUCAACUUCUUCUCAAGAGAAGGACUAUGAUGCUACCUUCCUCAACAGCCUGCUGGAGCGUAAAGCUAAGUUACGAGGGGUUACCCAGGGGAGGACUGGGGCCCGGGGUGAUGAAGAUUCAGACACACCCUCGAAGAGCAGCCUGAAAAAGAGCAGCGGGGAAUCCAGUCGGCACUGCAGUCGCUCACCUAGUAACAGGCCCGACGCAGAUUUGCUGCCUCCUCACACGGAGACAGAGCGAGUAAGAACUGACAGGUCGUCACCAGGAAACACUCACUCCCCUCAGCCGCCCGUUCAUUCCUUAGCAAGUCACAGAGAAGAUCCCAGAAACAAGUCCAGGAAAGUGAGCACUCUCCUCAGCCGAGACUCCCUUAUCGUCUGAUGGACUUCAGUCUUCAGUACAGACUGAAAGCGUUGUGCAGCCUUGAUGCUCUACAAGAACGGCUUGUCAGCUGAUAAAAGAUGACAAACUUGGAUUCAUAAAGAUAACGUCAAGGACAGCAGACUGUGGGAGAGCUGAAUCAGUACUGAUGAGUGAAGACAAGGACAGCAGAGGCACCCGAGAUUGUUACUCAGCUGCUUGUGAUGUCAUGGUGAAGUCACUGGCUGUGUGUUAUGUGGACUAAGACUGAGCUAAUGCGUGCAGGGAGUAUGACCUGGACCGUUCCUGCGAGCAGUGUGCUGUUGGUCUCCCCUUGUUCCUGUCAGAAAAGGCUCUGAAGCAGAGAGAUUUACGUUACACUUUCAGCACAAUGCAUGCAUUCAUUUCCAUCUGAUGAGUUACGUGAAUGAAAAAGAACUGCUGUAGCAUGACAACGGUAUGACAGCACGGUUGUUGUAAAGGACCGCUGUGUCAUUCUGUAGUAUAUUCAGGGACUAAGGCACCUUAGUCAGAAAGCUUCUGCAGCAGUAAUCAGUAUUACCAAAUGUUUACGCUUAUUUAUUUUAUGGGACAGUGGACAUUAAUGAAACGACAGUGUUUAUGUGUCAGAGCUCAACAGCUAUUGUGGAUCCAUCAUCUGAAUACAACUAAAAUGACCAAAGGAGGUAAAGCUUUUUCUACUUAAAAUAAGGAUAAAAAUAGAAUAAGACAGUGCUGACAAUGUGACACGGCACCAGCAAUCUGAAACAACACAAACAAUUAAAGACUGUCAACAAGUUACCCCGUAGUAGAUCGAAUGCAGAAGUGAUGCUGACUAACAAAUUCUUUAAACGCUUUAGCUUCCCUCUCAUCAGAGCUGAGAUAAACACACUGUUCAGCACCAAAUCACUUAGAGGCACAGUUAGUGAUUAGAUGGUGGACAUAGUGGAGGUUCUCAGAAGUCAGAGAGGAACAAAGCAGAGCUACACGAGAAGAAUAUCUGACAUAAAUUCCAAAUGAAUGGUAACUUGUGGUAACUUCGACUGAUAUAGUCACUUAUACAAAUGAGGUUUGUAAUACAAGGUUUAAUUCCAUGUAGCAACAUGUAUCAGCUAGAAACGUCUGAAUUGAUUUAGUUUCGUAUGUCUAUUAUUAAAAGUUUAUAGCAACAGGAUACCUCAGAAUGGGCCUCUUGUAGAUGGUUACAAAUGUGAGCAUUAAGCUGUCUGCAUAUAAUCUGUAAAUGACCUAAUAUGACAGAAAUCUAUGCAUUUUUAAACAUUUUAAAAUACCUGUUAAGUCUGGAUAAAAAAAACUGUAUUAAAAAGACAAUGAUUUUUCAUCACUGUGUGAACGAAACACCCU